AUGGACAACCAAACCCAGCAGUCGCCCGCUCAGGGUACCGUCACGCCGGAGCGAGCCACUGCCAACACUAGCGAGAACACCGUGGUCGAGACUACCACCGUCGGGACUACCGCCGUCGAGACUACCACGAUCAACCCUAGCACCCACGUUGGUCACUCCGUGGGCCACGCUCCACGCCUUGCCCAUAGCAUCCGCACCUAUGUUGAGGACGUAGGGGCGGGUAAUGCUCCGAUCAACGCCCUCAUGCAGCACGGGGACACCGAGGCUAGAAACUCUGCCCGUAGAGACAGGGUGCAGCGCGAGGUUGAUGAGGCGAUGCUGAAGCUUUCUCAAUCUGGACAGACAUUCGUCCUAUGUCAAAGUGAUGCUGUCAACUUGCUUUCACCAGCACCGCUAUGA